CUCAAAUUGCGUAGUUCAAGAUGGCGGAAGCGAUCCUAAAUGACAGCAGAUCUUCCUGCUUGUAGUUUACCUGUUUGAUAUCAAAUGCUGUGAUAUUUAAGGCAAAUUGGGCUCCUUUUUGCCGAGAAGAAGGUGAAUGACAAUCAAGCUGGGUCUCUUAAACAAUGUCCAGGUGCGGUUUUUAUGCCCAGCCGACGUUGAUGAAGUCAAACGACUAUGCCGUGAAUGGUUUCCGAUCGAGUGAGUAUGAAUUUCUGUUUUCAAUACAGAACGGGAGUUGAAUUGAAGGUAGAGUGAUAGGUGUCGAAAAGGUGAUAGCUAGUAGCGAAGGUAGAGGAAAAUAGCAAAACCAGUUGUGGUUAAGAGUUAAUUUGUUUCCAGUUAAUUGGAUAAAAACACGAAGAGACACAAUGAUACUGCCUGGUUUGUCAAGCGUGUGUUUUGACAAGGUUGAACUGAACUAUAAAAGGAGUGAAUUCCAGGCAUAGUCAAUAAAAUAAAUUGAAAAUCAGACUUUUAAAAUUUCUUUUCCCUUUUUUCGAAGGCUGAUGUACAAAUCCAAGGUUUUCAGGAGAUGAAGAAGUUCACAUUUUAGUUUAACUGUUUACUCAGUUGUCAAAGUUACUAUUUUUAGUUAUUAUGUACGAAGUCUAGCUUACAGUUCUGUUGGCCUAGAGAGUUGCAAAACGAUAUCGCAGCUUUCUCCCCUAAUAAAGAUUGAAUAUUUUGAAGCUAUGGUUUUUGAAGCUAUGUCGUUAAAAUUUCGAACGAGAGAGCAAAGCAAAACAAAAUUUACAAAAGCAAUGCGAAUAAAUAUUUCUAAGACCUGUUUCCAGGAGGCUCAGCUGAUAGAUAUUUGCCACUUGCCUAAAUAAGCUACCACUUAUAUUUUCAAGAGUAUUUGUUGUUUAUACAACAGAACUCUACACCUGUUGUAAAUAUUACUAUCAAGUAAGGCAUUCCUCCAAGACAUAACUGUGACACUCUUUCUUUAAUUUGCUAGAUGUUAUAUCUUUUUACUAAAUCUUUUACAGAUACCCUGAUGUUUGGUAUGAGGAGAUAACAUCAAGUUCCCGAUUCUUUUCAUUGGCUGCCACAUUAAAUCAUGACAUUAUAGGACUCCUUGUAGCUGAGGUGAAAACCAAGUCUUUAUGCAACAAAGAGGUAAAGUAGUAUGAGAUGUUGGUUUUAAAUCAUAUCAGGUUGAAACAAUUUUUUUCAUCAAGAUACAGGAGUGAUAAAAAAGUUCUGGGGAAUUUUUCUUCCAUCCAGGGUCAAAGGUAACAUUUCACAGUAAGUGUCCCUUAAUUGUGUGGAAAAAAACUGGUCAGAACACCUUCCAAUGCCAAAUUGUUAGAAGUACUUCUAGCUCUACUUGUUACCAGGUCUUUGUAUGGUUGUUAAACCUUAACACCUUAACAUUAGUAUGCAUAUUCUCCAUACUGCUCUCUGUACCUUUCCUAAGCUGUAGACAAGGAGAAUAUGGUUAUAAGGCCAAGCUUAACUGCAAAGGCAAAAGUAAUUCAUGCAGACUGGUGCUUGUUCUAAUGGUAAGAAAAGAACCAUUGUAACCAUGUUUGAUUUUUAUUGUAGGACACUGGAAUUCUUUCUUUUGCUUUCGGUGAUGAUUCUCAAGUGGCUUAUAUUCUUAGCAUUGGCGUGGUUAAACACUAUAGACGACAUGGAAUAGGUGAAUACUUGCUGAUUUGUGUUGGAAGUUACAGGAGAGGUUUGCUCCAAAAUCCAUGUAAUCUUGGUCUCUGCCUCUGAAAGUAUAAUUAUAAAGAAAAUUUAUCACUGAUCAUAAUUUGAGAUUCCAAAGAGUGACUUGGUUUGAAAUUUGUCUUCAGCUGUGCUUAAAGUGUUGACUUACUAGAAGUCUGCCAAAUUUUUUAAAACAGCUGGGGGAUAGAGCUGCUCCAUAGGUUAUGACAAAAAAUGAUUUAUCUAUACAUCAAGAAUCCUUUCUGUGUUGCUGCUUAUUGUUUUAAAGAUAUUCUAAAGAGAGAAAGUGGAGUUAGUCUUAUGUCAAAGGUAAGCAGCCAGUUGGCUAAGAAAGAUUUGAAAGGGAGGUACCCGCUUGGUAUCAGUAGUGGAAUUUUUGGCACAUUUGAAGAUGAUUUUCAGCGGAUGGAAUCUCAAAAUAGGAUCAGUGUCCUAAUUUUGUUUUUACUAAUGGUGGAAACAAAGAUGAUAUGGUUUCUUGAGCAAUCUUUGCCUUUCAUAUUAAAAAAAAGUCUGUGUCAUGCACCCUCCCCAGGUGACUCUGACAUUAGGGUCUGUCCAUAACAACCAUCCCUCAAAGAGAAUCCUAGGAGAACUACCAGAAAUAUUCUGAUUUGAUUGAUUACACAAACACUUUCAUGUGCAGGAAAAUUAAUGAUUUUGUCAUUUCAGGAACUCUUUUGUUGGAUAGCUUACUUUCCCACCUGACCACUCCUGAGAGGGAAAAUUGCAAAGCUGUCUAUCUUCAUGUUUUAACCACAAACUUUGCUGCAAUGAAGUUUUAUGACAAGAGACAUUUCAAGCAGUUCCGCUACCUGCCCUUGUACUAUGCCAUCAAUGGAACCCACAAGGAUGGAUUCUCUUAUGUGCUUUAUAUUAAUGGAGGUGAACCACCGUGGACACUUGGAUAUCCUUUAUGAAACCUGGGCUUUGUUUGGUUUUUAUGUCAAAAAUUUGGAAUUUGUUUCAUUUGCUAAAGAGAUCUUCAAGCCUAUAGGGGUUUGCAUGAGAAAGAAACUUAUUUCUAUAUGAAUUGAGUUUAAAACCUUAUUAGAAGGAAAAACUUGUGAUAAACCAAUUCUCAACAUAUUUUAAAGCUCUUUAGUUCCUCAUAGGAUCUCCCUGACAGUUUGGUGUCUCAACAUAUUUUAAAGCUCUUUAGUUCCUCAUAGGAUCUCCCUGACAGUUUGGUGUGGUAUCUCCCCCCCCCCCCCUCCCCUGUACUCACUUAUACUCCUUGGUGAAAAGAGGUGCAGUGCACUUUAAGCAUCUUGCUCAAAAACACAACAGGGUGGACCCUCUCAGGGUAUGAACCUUGACCUCUAAAUUUACAGUCAGCCAUGCUUAUACUCGACAUCUCCACCAUUGGUAAACUCCCAGUGUUCAUGGUUUUAUUGAGGAGAAUUUAUCCAACUUUUGCGCUUCUUAAAUGAAAGAUUUUCAUCCUUAACACAAAUCAAUGAUGCCUUGAAAUUUCUUGGAGCAAAACUGUCCCAGCUUCGGCCCUGCAAGUUGCCGCUAUAUCUGAUGAAUUGUUGCUACCACUGGCUUCUGUGGGUUACACCAAUACAGGCGAUAAGAGACUCAUGUGUGCGCACUAUGUGAGAAAAUAACAAGAACAAGUUUGGUGACAGAAAAGGAAAAAAGAUUAAUAAUGACAGUAGAUGUUUUUGGCUCAUUUUUAAGUCUUAAUGUCAGGAGGGGAACUAGGGUGAAAGUUUCCCCUUUGUAAGCCUUGUUUGAAAUGAUGAUAAUUAAUGAGUAUUCUUAAACAACCUGGCAUGAUAUUUAUAGGAUAGUUUGGAAAAAUUCCCAACUCCCAAAAUCUUUCUGGCUGGUUGGAUAAGUCCUUGGAGUUAAUUGUCAUUUUUUAAAAUAAUUAUUUGUUAAGAAACCUUGUCAAGUACUUGCCAAUGUAUUGAAAGCAUUUUGUGUGUGACAGAACAUUUUUGCUUCUCUGUUUUAUGAUCAGUUUACUUUGAGGGUUAAGAUUAUCAUGUGCUUUUUUUUUUGCAUUUUUAUUAAAGAAAAUCAGCAAAUUACUCCUUAAAGUAAAUUUUUAGAAGACAUUAUAAUUUUUUUUAUGUACAAAAGCAAUGAUAGUUUUUCUAAAGGAACAAAUCAACUUGGUGAUUAUUAUUUUUGUUUUAUGACUGUGGUGUUCCAUAAACAAAUUGUAAGUUGUAACCUUGUUAGGGAAAUUACUGUUUAUUUUUGAAAAAUUUUGUUGAGAAAAUUUUUGUCAAGUGGUUUCAUCAACAGAAUUCUUUGGUAGUUCGAUUCCUUUUAAUACGAUUUUAAGGUGAGAGUUGAAUUGAAAAUGGUCCAGGAUUGCAUUUUUUUUCUUCGCUAUGAUCUAUGUCCUCCAUGAUGGGUCCAAAAAACUCACGCACCCUCAACCAAUUAGAAGCAAAGAUGAAAGCAAUCAAAACUUAACCACUUUAUUUUUCCUCUUUUGGUUGUCUUAACUUUGAGUCCAUAGUGAAUUUUUGUAAUAUUUAACUUGGAUGUGCUUGGCUGUUUUCAGUUGAUAACUUUAGUUUAAGUUUGAUCAUACUUAAUCAAAAAAGCUCGGUUUGCAAGAGAAAGUCGCAACACUUGCCUUACCUUGAAGUAGGUCAGUUAACAGUUUAGAGGAGUGUGACUGCAAAAUCUUACGUAUUUAAUGCUUGUUAGAUAUUAUUUAGUAAUGCCAGAUUAUUAAAAUUAGACAUUUAUUAGAAACAUUUUUUCACCGAUUGGGAAGUGUUGUCAUACUAUCGUUCUGAGAUACCCAACACUGAACAGAAGGAUGAGUAUGACAUUAAAGGGCUUGUAGCACUCCAAAGCUGUUUCUAGGCUAGACCCAAAAGACUGAUUAUUGGUGUUUCUCUGUUCAGAGUUAAUAAAGUUGUUAUCUAUCUGUAACAAACAUUUCCGGCGGCUAACAGAGGCGUUUUUUGAUUGUCGUCUUUUUUUCCAGCUUUUCUGAUCUGCAUUACCAGUUAUGUCUUCAUUCAACUUCGAUCUCACAGACCUUUCUUGAUCUGAGUCUACCAGGAUGCGCCUCUUUUGCGCCUGAGUCUGAGCGUUCCAAAUUUUUUCAUCUAGUUCCCUCAAGACAUCUUACUGCGUAUGAAGCAUUGCAGGUUGUGAUAGGAUUAUUCGAAUAAACGCCACAUCGAGACCGCGGCGCUUAUUCGGGAAAGGUGCGCAUUGACUUUUCUGCCACAAAUGCGGCGCUUAUUUGAGUAAAUAGGGUAUCUCACGAUAGGAAGUUAAAGAUGCGACUAAGGCGUCGUUUGAUGAAACGUUGCCGAUAAAAUGUGAUUAAUUUCCUCUGAGAUUUUCGCCAGUAGCUCGAUGCGUUCAACUUUUCUGACGAUACGACAUCUUGACUUCGGUAUAACACGUGAAUGUUGUGUUGAGUUCAACGUAAAAACGUGACUAAAUUGCUUUGAGGUUUCCUUGCCAGAAGGACCUAGAGGUUAGUGAUAUCACGUUUUUGUUCUGCAGGGAACGGCUUAGAAAUGUACAAAGUUUUAUAACGCACGUGUUUUCGCUCUUGUUCUGUUCAUUAGAUUCUCGUUGCCGUCGCCGUCGUGGUUUUCUUUAAGUCCCUAUUAUCAGCGCUUCAGCACGAGAAAAGUAUUAGGCCAUGAGGAACGAAAGUCGGAGUCAGUGAGAGGUCUG